UGAAUGUUUUGUUUGAUUUGCUAAUCAAUAUGGACAGCUGGGAUUAAGCUGCAGUAAUUUAAUCCAGAUUAAGCAAUUUGUUUUUUUGACUCAAUAUAGUGAUUAUAUGAUCAGAUAAAGAUUGCCCACCUCCUUUUUUCGUGAAUUUUUAUCCGAUUAAUUUUGGUUUUUCCUUUCUGGGUUUUGCUCUAAGUGGUAUUUAUUUUCAGUUUAAAAGUUUGUGACUUUUUGUUUGCAUAUUGAAUUGGAGGGUUCCGUUAGAGAUCUUAAGUAGUUAGUGAUUUCACUAUUCUUAUUUCUCGCGCUAAAUUUUAUUUUUUUGGUCGUAGCUUUGAUUGUUAUUAAUUAAUUAACUAAAGGGAGCAGCGGGGAUAGCAAAGAUAGUGCACUUGAAUUAAGUAGUUGUAGAAGCGAAGCAAUGCCUCCAGAGAGAUCAUGUAUUUCUGGCAUUUGUUAAAGAGUGAAAAAUCCCUAUUGCAGCUUUUAUAUAUGGUACAAAAGGGAGAUGAAACUAGACCAUGUCUUAGGAAAUAAAGGGAGUUGAUCUUGUUUUUUAGUUGCUCUUAGUAGAUGCCUUGAUUAGUUUUGAACUCCUUGUUAAACUCCCUCUCUGUCACUGGAUUAGUGGUCUUCCAUAUGCAUUUACGUGUGUUUACAUUAGCAGACUGAUCAAGAUCAUUUUGGUGCUGCUUUUACAGGCAGCAGUGAAGCCCUUGUUUGUAUUGUAGAACUGGGUGAAAAUUGAUUGCCUUGUAGGACUUGAGCUUUGGCAGAUGAACAGAGCUUUGCCUUAACCAUUAAUGCAGUUUGGGGAAUGGACUGGCUCUUUUUGCCUACUGUAAGUGUUUGUGAAUAUGAUGUUCAGUGGGCAAAAUUUUAAUGCUCUGAGCAUAUUUAAGUGGAAAUGGCGUGGUGAAUCAUCUUUGUCAAACCGCUUGCUUGACGAUGUUCCACCAGAGAUUGAAUUGUCUGACUAUAGAAGGGUGCCAAGUCCUGGUUGCGAGAGCCCUUCAGGGCUUCUUAAUGGCGAUAGGUUGAAUGUGGAAACAGUUGCUGAUUUGGACCUGUUCUUUGAAAGAUUAUACAAUUACUAUUGCGAGAAAGGGCUUUGGUGUAUUAUUAUAAAGUGGAUAGUUGAGCUUUUUAGCAUGGGUUUCACCAUCGGUUUCUCAGGUUUUUUUUUAUUAUAUGUUGACUGGAAUGGUCUUCGUAAUGCUAAGUGUGGGAUGGAUGCAGUUGAAUCUGGAAUCAAGCCUUGUGAUCUUGCUGAAGAAGCUCUCCAUCUGCACCCAUUAACCCCUCUAACGCUUACAAAAGCUAUCAUUGUUGGAUAUUUGGGGUUAUUUUCUAUAUACUGGAUCUUCUGUUUCUUGAGGUUUUUCGCUCAAUUGAGGGACAUUCUUGGUACCCGGCGCUUCUAUUAUAACAGUCUCCAUGUCACAGACAAUGAAAUUCAAACCAUGUCAUGGGCUACAGUUCUUGAAAAGGUUGUUCACUUGCAACACUCACAACAACUGUGUGUGGUUAAGGACCUUACUGCUCAUGACAUCAUGAUGCGAUUGAUGCGGAAAGAGAACUACUUGAUUGGAAUGCUCAACAAAGGAGUGCUUGCUUUUCCAAUCUCCCUGUGGAUUCCAGGUGUUGGCCCAACUGUCAGGACAGGUUCAAAUGGAAUGCAGCAUCGCCUAAUAUUGACAAAGCCCCUUGAGUGGACCUUAAAUUGGUGCAUAUUACAGAGCAUGUUUGAUCGGAACUUUUGUGUUAGGAGGGAUUUCAUUUAUAAUCCUAAUGCAUUAAAGAAAAGACUUAUGGUAGUUGGGCUUGCGAUGCUUGUCCUUGCACCAUUUCUUGUUAUAUUCAUGCUGGUGUAUCUCUUCCUAAGGCAUGCCGAACAAUUUUAUAAUCAUCCAAGCACAGCAUCAUCUCGAAGAUGGUCAAAUUUGUCAAGGUGGAUUUUUAGAGAAUUCAACGAGGCUGACCAUUUGUUCAAGCAUCGGAUCAGUAGCAGUGCGAUGCAUGCUUCAGAUUAUUUAAAGCAGUUCCCUUCACCUAUUAUUUCAAUCAUCGCGAAGUUCAUCUCUUUUGUCUCUGGAGGCUUUGCUGCUAUCCUGAUCAUCAUUGCAUUUCUGGAGGAAUCUUUGCUAGAGGGCCAUAUAUUUGGGCGCAACUUGCUUUGGUAUGCUGCUGUUUUUGGAACUAUAACAGCUAUCAGCCGGGCUGCUGUUACAGAUGAGCUCCUGGUCCUUGAUCAAGAAGGGGCAAUGUCUAUGGUGGUACAGCACACACAUUAUAUGCCAAAGAAAUGGCGGGGCAGAGAAAAUACUGAGAGGGUCCGUAUGGAGUUUGAAACCUUAUUUCAGUAUACUGGAAUGAUGUUACUUGAGGAGAUGGCUUCAAUUUUCCUCACUCCAUUCUUGCUUUUAUUUGUUGUCCCAAAGCGCGUGGAUGACAUCUUACAGUUCAUUGCAGAUUUCACAGUGGAUGUUGAAGGUGUUGGCGAUGUUUGCAGUUUUAGUGCUUUUGAUUUUCAAAACUAUGGAAAUAGCAAUUAUGGCUCGCCCUACAAUGCACCUCGCUCCCAGAGGAGUUGUCAGGGGAAGAUGGAGAAAUCAUUUUUGAGUUUCCAGAGUAGCUAUCCUUCAUGGGAACCCAACAUUCAGGGAAAGCAGUUUCUAUUAAAUCUUAGAACUUUUAGGGACCAAAAUUUGCAAGGACAGGGAGCUAGACAUACGCACUCUUCUCCUAGAAUGUGGCGAGGGAGCCCCAGUUUCAGAGGCCCCGGUGAUAGAAACAUUCCUUUUUCAAGGGAAAUGCCAUUUAAUACUCCCGGUUUUCAGCUGGGUUCUUUGUGGCUACUUGAUAUAGAUCAGAGGAAUCAUCCUUAUCUUCUUGAUUGGUAUUAUACUUCUCGACCUCAUAGUUCAACUAACAACACGAGAGAUGCCACAGCAGUACCAUUUGAAGCAGCUGAGCAACAGCAUUCCAGGGAUUAUUGGACGCCAUCCAACUUGGAGCAAAAUGAAGCAAGAUAUGAUGAAGAGUUCUGGGGUCACAAUUACCAGGACCGUUCCGGGUCUCAUUUGGGUGCUUCUACGUCUGCCCCACUCUUCCAGGAAAGUGUACUACAUCAUGACUCCAGCAACCUUGCACAUCCUACUAGGAGCCAUUGGUGGGUAAGAAGUGGCCCAUUUGGUGCGCAGCCCCAAGCAAGUUUUCUCGAGCCUCCUGAUUUCCACCAAGCAAGUUUUCUCGAGCCUCCUGAUUUCAACCUCCAUGCUUCUGAAAAUCACUAUGAUAAUUUAUCGGAAAAAAGCUUAGAGGACCAUGAGCAACACUUGGACUGGAGAGGCACUAACUGGUUGUCCCGGACCACUUAUUUGGAUGAUGACAUUGAAGCGGGAAGGAGUGUAAGUCUUCUUUUUGAUGACAUUUAUAGCAGGCCACCUGACACACCCCCUGCAUUUCGAGAGCCCCCUAGCUUUUGAGAGUCAAUUACCUCUUCAGCAGUUUGAGGGGUUCUUGUUUUUAGAUUUGUGGAAUGCAUAUGGGUUUCCGAAGAUGGACUGCGAUUUCUUCUCUGUGUAAAGAGGAAACUAUGUAUUCUUUGUUGUACAUAAGAUUCAUCACGAGGUUAGAUUCUCAAGUAGGCCUCGUCCCAAUUUGGAAGGUAACAGACUCCUUAGUCACUGUAUGCCUCCUGAAACUGUAAAAACAAAUGCAAUCGAUUGAUACAUUCCAAAUCCCAUUCUAAUCAACUAGUCAAUUUCUUUGCA